AUGUCUGGAACUGUUGAAAUCAAGUCGCCCGCUCAGCUGAGCUCGUUGCUAUCAUCUUCGCGCGUCGUAGUAGUCAAUUUCUACAAUGAACAAAAUCUAUCAAGCCAAACCAUCGCGCCCGUAUAUGAUCAGCUAGCCGGUCAGCUCUCAAGACCAGGAAAAGUCACCUUCACCAAAGUCAGCACAGUGCAGCAAGCACAGAUUGCCCAGAGCUACAAUGUCACAAAUACCCCCACAUUCAUCAUCUACAAAAACAACCAGCAAAUACGCAAGUACUCGGGCUCGAAUCCCCAACAACUCUCCGAGGCAAUCAAGACACUCGCCGCAGAAGCCGAGAACGACGGCAAGGGCGGCAGCGGCUUCGCCAGUGGAAGCGGCAGCGGAAGCGGAAGCGGAGCAUGGGUAGGCGCCAGCUUACCACGCGGAUACACCGACGUCACCGAGUCUGUCGAUGUGCGCGGCCUCGACCUGCUCAACGCAGACAGCGAUUUUGGAACCGUCCGGACGCUAUUCGAGACAUCACCACCCUCCUCGCUGAACAACGGCAAAGGCGCCGCCGCCAGCACAGAAGGAAACAAGGACUGGGUCGAGAGCGAUGUGGACAACCAGCUCAUGCUGUACGUGCCCUUUACCGCAAACGUAAAGCUACACACCAUCCACAUCACCUCCUGCACCUCAGGCAGUGACGAUGAUGACGACGAAGCCCCCGUGCGACCAAAGACAAUCCACAUCUGGAUCAACCGUCAGCACAACCUGGGCUUCGAGGAAGCAGAAGACAUCCCCGCAACCCAAGUCAUUGAGCUUAAGCCCUCGGACUGGGACGAGCAAACGCAAACAGCCAAGCUUGAGCUCCGCUUCGUCAAGUUCCAAAACGUCUACUCGGUCGUCCUCUUCGUCGCCGAUGCCGACGGCGACAGCGAGAAGACGCGCAUUGACCGCAUACGCUUCGUCGGUGAGACGGGCGAGAAGCGUGAAAUGGGCAAGCUGGAGAAGAUUGGUCACGACGAUUGA